AUGAUCGAUUCAAAGAAUGCUUCUGAAGUGGAAAAUAAUGAAAAUAUGUCGCAGAAUCCAUUCGCUAACAUAUUAAAUGCAUUAUUUAUUACUAAUUAUAUUCAUGGUAAGGAUGAAAAUAUCAAGCAAUUACUUUUAACUUUAACGCGAUAUUUAUGUCUUACGCAAAUUUUUGUGUUCCGUGAUAUCAGUAUUCAAGUACGGAAACGUUUCCCGAUAGUGACAUCCAUAUGUAACCGUCGUGACAUUAAAUUGCUUUGA